CUUAAAUGUGGAGAAAAAACCGAAGCGCGACUGACAACUUGACGCUCCUGACAUGCACAGAAAAGCCUGGAUUAAGGCUGCAACGAUGCUGCUGACACUGGCCACUUGCCACUGUGGUCCGCGACUCUGCGUCGUGCAGAGGAACCUGCAGCUCAAUUACCGACCCAUCAUCGGUGUUCUAGCACAGGAAAACCGUUCGGCAGAUGAGUUUGCGCAGGGAUCCUCCUACAUUGCUGCGUCCUACAUCAAAUAUCUGGAGGGAGCUGGUGCCAGAGUUGCACCCAUCAGAAUGGGUCUCAAAGACAAAGAAUAUGUUCGGUUGUUCUACUCAAUAAAUGGGUUGCUGUUGCCAGGAGGAGACAUUGACUUGCACACAUCCAAUUCCAACCGAGUUGCCAGGAUCUUUUACAGAUUGGCUCUGAGGGCAAACAAUACUAAGGACUACUUCCCCAUCUGGGGAAUUUGCCAGGGCUUUCAGCAGCUGUCAUUUUUCACAGCUAACAAAUACUUGCUUACUCAAACCAAUACGAAGGGUGUGGCUCUACCUCUCAACUUCACACAAGAAGCCCAGUCCAGCCGUCUGUUUCAGAGUCUUCCCAGUGAUGUGUUGCAGUGUCUAGCCAAGGAAAACAUCACUAGUAACUUUCACAAAUACAGUCUAUCAAUGCAGAACUACACUGAAAAUCCCAAGCUGAGGAUGUUUUACAGGAUCCUGUCCACUAAUAUUGAUAAGGGGGUAGAAUUCAUCUCAACCAUGGAAGGCUACCGUUACCCAUUUUAUGCACUUCAGUGGCAUCCAGAGAAAUGCCCCUAUGAGUGGGUUGAUAAGCCGGGGAUGGUCCAUACCACAUCAGCUACAAGAACCUGCUUCUACACUGCCUGUUUCUUUAUCUCUGAGGCCAUAAAGAACAGCCACCGUUUCUCCUGUCCUAAGGAGGAAGAGAAAGCCCUCAUCUACAAUUAUCCACCCUUCUUCACAAGCAUGGAUGCCAUAUUUAUUCAGAAUUAUUACUUUGAUUAAUGGAAUGUUGUGAAUGUGAAACGGAGCUGGGGUGUGU